GCUCUGGUUCCUCCUUGGAAUGUGCGUAGGUGGGAUUGAGGAGCUCCUCAAAGUAUUCCUUCCACCAUUUGACUAUACCCCCAGUUGACGUCAGCAGCUCCCCAUCCCCACUGUAAACAGUGUGAGCGAGUUGCUGCCUUCCUCUCCUGAGGUUUGUAGUCGUAUCAUCUGACCUGCGGCCGUAUGUUUUGGACACCCGAGUGAAGAGAGGAACGGAGCUGUCAACUGAUCACCACCUGGUGGUGAGUUGGAUCAGAUGGCAGGGGAAGAUGCCGCGUAGACCUGGCAGACCCAAACGCAUAGUGAGGGUCUGCUGGGAACACCUGGCAGAGGAACCUGUCAGGACGGUCUUCAACUCCCACCUCCGGCAGAGCUUUGACCGCGUCCCGAGAGCAGUGGGGGACAUUGACUCCAAGUGGGCCUUGUUACACUCUGCGAUUGUUGAGGCGGCUGUUGCUAGCUGUGGUUGCAAGGUGGCUGGUGCCAGUCGUGGUGGCAACCCCUGUACCCGCUGGUGGACACCAGAGGUUCGUGGAGCCAUCAGGCUGAAGGAGGCCUACAGGGUGUGGCUGGUCUGUGGGUCUCCGGAGGCAGCAGACAGGUACUGGAUAGCCAAGCGGGGUGCAGCAGUGGCAGUUGCCGAGGCAAAAUCUCGGGCAUGGGAGGAGUUUGGUGAGGUCAUAGAGAAAGACAAUCGAUCGAUAUUUCCGGUGAGGGUUGGACUCCACCAGGGCUGCCCUUUGUCACCGUUUCUGUUCAUUACCUUUAUGGACAGAAUUUCUAGGCGCAGCCCUGGUGUGGAGUGUGUCAAGUUUGGUGGCAGGAGAAUCUUGUCUCUGCUUUUUGAGGAUGAUGUGGUCCUCCUAGCUUCAUCCAGCUCUGACCUUCAGCUCUUGCUGGGUAGGGUACGAGUGUGAAGCGGCUUUUAUGAGGAUCAGCACCUCCAAAUCUGAGACCAUGGUUCUUGACCGGAAAAGGGUGGCUUGCCAACUGCGGGUCGUGGGAGAAGUCCUACCUCAAGUGGAGGAGUUUAAGUAUCUCGGGGUCUUGUUCACGAGUGAGGGUAGGAGGGAUCGGGAGAUCGACAGGCGGAUUGGUUCAGCAUCUUUAGUGAUGCGGACGCUGAGCCGAUCUGUCAUGGUUAAGAGGGAGCUGAGGCAGAAAGCCAGGCUCGAUUUACCAGUCGAUCUACGUCCCAAUCCUCACCUUUGGCCAUGAACUUUGGGUAAUGACUGAAAGAACGAGAUCGCGGAUACAAGGGGCCAAAAUGAGUUUCCUCCGUAGGGUGGCCGUGCUCAGCCUUAGAGAUAGGGUGAGGAGCUCGGACAUUCGGGAGGGACUCGGAGUAGAACCGCUGCUCCUCCGGAUCGAAAGGAGUCAGUUGAGGUGGUUUUGGCAUCUGGUCAGGAUGCCUCCUGGACGCCUCCCUAGGUAGGUGUUUCGGGCAUGUCCUGCCAGCAGUAGGCCCCCGGGUCGACCCAGGACACGUUGGAGAGGUUACAUCUCUAAUCUGGUCCGGGAACACCUUGGGGUCCUGCCAGAGGAGCUGGUGGAGAUGGCUGGAGAGAGGAUGGUCUGGAGCUCCCUAGUUGGGUUCCUGCCCCCGCGGCCCGGACCCGGAUAAGUGGAGGAAUACGAGACGAGUUUAACAUAAUAUUGGUUUUGGACGGUAAAAAGUGCAGGGGACAAACCUUGACUUUAGAAAAGGGGGGAGGGGGUCCGCCCUGUCCCCCCACCCCCUCACCCCCACCGAAAAAAAAUCACGCCCAUGCUUGAGACUUUUGUUGAGGUCCGGUACACAUCGGGAGAGUCUUGGCUGCAGAAUUGCUUCCUCGCUGUGCUCUUCGUUAGACUCGCAAGAUCACUAAAUCACUCGAGUUUAUUUAAUCUGCUAAUAAACCAAAAAGAAGGAAAUCACGUUUGAUAUCAAUGUUUGCUGUCAUGUAUAUGAUGUUGUUCCUCUCCACUGCCAGGAUUAAAGCCUUGAAAAACACACCGUUGCACUUCUCGGAUGAUGCAGGUAGUAAAGAAGCCAUUAGGUCACAAGUUUUGACGUAAUCUACAUAGAUGUGAAAUUGCAUUGCUGCAAUAGUCUUUUAUUUUGAAAAUUAUUGUGUUUUUUUUUUAUUGUAACCUUUUGUAAUUCCCUUUUUAGUCCUAUGCUGACUCCAAUAAAUUGACAGACAUACACACUCGCUGCAUAUCUAUAACGUUGGCAUAGAGGUGGUGAGCGCAUGAAGAAGUGGAGGAGGAUGAGUGGCAAAUGUGUCCAUGUUAAAAAGUCUCUUGAAUACUAAAUAACCCCCCACAAUAUAAAUAUUAUAGUAAAUGCACUAUCUUGGACUGGAUACAUGACAGGAUACCACAGAACCGCGCUACACCCUCUGUUGUCUUGGAGGGGAAUUGCUUUGCAACACUCCCCAGGAGACAGAAGUAAGAGGGCAAAACAUCCUCAUACUACCUCAUACAAACGUCCUCUGUGCGUGCGUGUCUCUCCCUUGUGGAGCUGACGGAGAAGUCCAAAUUAGGCUUUAGUUAUUACAGGUAUUACAGGUACGAGUAAAUUAUUUACAUCCUUCACACAGAAAUAUUUCAUUAAAUUUUCCAUGGAGGGCAAUCACUUGAUGAAAAUUGUCUAAAUGUUCUAUCGCUAGUGGCAAAAACGGUUUGAUCAGUAUUUUAGCAUCAACUCUUUAUAAAAAAAUUAUCUGAAGAUGCAACUAAAUCAGUUCUUAUGAAAACUGAAAAAUGAGCGUUGGCAUCAGUUAGGGUUAGUUUUGUCGCCAUCGUAAAGGUCCUUAUGACUUGAACAUCAUAGUAGAAUGAGAGCGUUGCAACAAUAGGUGGCACAUUCCCACAAACAGCCUUUCUUUCUCCUCAACCCCCCACAUCCUCACAGACUGAUUAACAAUGGCACUGGAAGAUGGCGGGUUAGUCACUGUCCUUCUGACCUCUUGUUUCCUGCCAUGAAGAUAAAACCCGGAGGGUAUAAAAGGACAGCCCAAAUUUGUGAAUCCAGUUACUGACAAUGGGUCACAGAUGAUUUAUAACAAUGUUUAAAGGAAGGAAGGAAGGAUGUGAGCUGUAGAGAAUAGAUGGAUGGGUGUACGAAAGGAAGAGAGAAGGAGGUGAGAAGAGACAGAAGAGUGGGACUUCCUUUAAGCCUUUUGCUUCAACUAAAGAGAUUUUAGUUCAUUUCUGCCUGUUUGAAUACCACCACUACUCAGUUCAUUUUUCUAAUUUUAUUUUAUUCCUUCAUGUUUAUGUUCUUUCUCUUUUCUGUCACCCCAUUCAUCUUCCUCCUUUCAGUUUCUCCCUCUUGUUCUUCCCUUCAACCCUUAUAAAUAAUUUAUUCUGCGAGUUUCCUUAUCUUUCCUGGGUUGCUCCAGCAGAUUCACUGAGCUUAAAUCCCUUCCCUGACUAAAAUGGGUUCCUAUGGCAAUAAUGGAGUGUUGUUAAGCCCUGCAGCUUUGAGAAUUAAGUUUUGCUUGCCGUCGCCCUUCUAGACCCAAAUCUGCUCAUGUUCUUUUAAUACCUGUCAUAUUCUGUUCUAUACAGCCUGCGAAGGUGCUGAUGAUUAAUUCAAACACUGCAUCUUGCCUCAGUAUUGUUAGGAACUCACCAGAGACUUUUCAGAAUUAACAAUGACACAGAAAAAAACACAGUGUGAUUUACCCUCAGAAUGUUUUUGUGCUGUGUCAAAUAAAAUGUAAAUAAUGAUAUUUAUGGCAUAUGUAUGUGUGUUUCAGCCUUUCUGGUUGCAGCAUUUAUUUGUGUGAAGACCUUUUUUUAUUUUUUUAAUCUGUUGUUCAUGAUGGUGUGAAUCUGAUAAAACUAAUACUUUAUGGCACAAAUGGGUUGUAUAAAUAUGUGAAAUUAAACCACAAUAAGACUUGUUUUUAAUCACACAAUAUGACUUAUAUUGAUGUGAUUGUCCAAUAGAUUUCUCUGCGGAUUUUAUCGACAUGUUCUGGUCCCCCCCUCAUGACCACAUGCAGCUAUGGCUGUCGCUAACGCACUUCCUUAGGUUGAUCUAUUGAUUUAGAAAUAAUUGCAUGUAUUCUGUACAUUAGAUGGAUGGAUGCCGUCAUCCUUGGAGAUCCUUUUGGCACUUUGUUGCUGCCUAUGUUAGCUUUUUUCACAGAAGCUUUUUUUCCUAAAUUCUAGCAAAACCCAACUCUUUUAAUUAUUUUUAGAUAUUUUUAAUUUUUUGUUGAAUUUAAAAUAUCAAUCAGGAUUUAAAUUUGCAAGUCAAUCAAUCAAUCAAUCAAUCAAAGCUUUAUUUAUAUAGCCCCUUCUGCAACCCUGUCGGGUAGCCCAAGGCGCUGAACAUAGUACAUGACAAAGUUAAAUAUGGUGAAUAAUCGAAAAUUAAAGCAGUUCAAAUUACAAAUUACAAAAAAAGGUAAAAUAUUCUAGUAGAAGUCUGUUUUUAAAAUCUGUUCUUGUGUUGAUGAUUGAACUACUAAACUGAGAGGAAAACGGGCCACACCACACUAAGCUGGAUUUAUCAUCAUUAGAGCUGGAACACUGUUAGCACUGACUUCUCCUGCAGCCACAUCAUGAGCUGGCUUAUCUCUCUCUCUCUCUCUCACACACACACGCACGCACGCACGCACGCACGCACGCACACACACACACACACACACACACACACACACACACACACACACACACACACACACACACACACACAGCUUGUAAUGUCAGUCACACAGAAAUUGACUUUAUGUUUUUUUUUUUUACUCACUCAUUGCAGCACACACACCACCUGGUUUGCUGUUGUUCAACUCCAAAUCUCCCAGAUGAGCUGGGGCCUGUUGAGCAGGCAGACAGCUGUUUGGAGGUUUCACCAGUUUCUGACGAUGUGUUUCGGCAUGUAGAAGAGUGCUAAAGUUCAUUCUGCACUUCUGUGGCACCGUAUCUCCUGGGAGGGAUUUAUCAGAGGAAAUUGUAACAAGCUAGGAAUUAAACUAAUUGGAAGUAAAUGUGGGAUAGAUGGAGAGCUUGCUCCUCUUAGGAGCCGCUAAAUUAAGAUUUACGUUUUCAGAUCAGUGAGGCUUAAUUUUCCAAGGAAAGAUGAACCCAUUGAUGGUAAAGUCAUAAAACAUUUACAAAAGCACUUUCCAAACUAUAGAAUUGAUUUGAUUCCUUGUGUUUAGAACCUCACGAGUAGUUAUUGUGAUCCCUUACUUGUGGAGUAAAGCAGGCCUCGAUCUGGUUCAGCCAGAUUUUUAAUGGGAACUAGGAGAAAAGAUCUCCCCAGUAUUGACUGCUUUGCAUUGGCUGACGGUUCUGUUUGGGAUUUGUUUAAAAACUAUUUUGCCUGUAAAGUAUUACACGGAAGGGCUUUGUUUUAACUAUCGGAUCUCCUGAGUCGAUGCGAGCCAUUCUCUUGGAUGUUCAGUUUUAUGCAGGAAAACUUCCUGAUAUUUAAAAAACGUCUGAACAAACAAUUUUACUCAUUAUUACGCAUUUUGCAUGAGAGCUAAAAACUGUUGUUGGUGUUUUUGUUUGCGUAGUUUUUUACUGGUGUUGUAGCGAUAGUUUUUUGGCUUUUAUUUUGAAAAUGUUUUUUCCCGUUUGGGAAAUAAGGUUUAACCAGAUUAAACAACAUUAAUGAAAAACAUUUAUUUGUUCAGUAAAUGCAGCUUGUUUAUUUUUUUACACCCUUUAUUUAUGGGAUUGCUUUUCCC